AUUAUUUCAGGAUUGUAAACUUCCGGUGCGUGCGAAUUUUGAUUUUGUGAUCACGUUUUCUAUAUUUGAGAAGCAAUGUCAGCACAGAGUGUACCAAAACAACAGCAGGGAGAUAGAGGUGGUGGUGGUGACAAAGAAAAGAAGAAAAAGGAAACCAUUCUCGAUCUCUCCAAAUAUCUGGAAAAGGCUAUCAGGGUCAAGUUUAGUGGUGGAAGGGAGGCCAGUGGAAUUUUGAAGGGUUUUGAUCCUCUCCUGAAUCUUGUGUUAGACGACACUACAGAAUUCUUGCGAGACCCUGAUGAUCCAUACAAACUCACAGAGGACACCAGAAGCCUGGGGCUGGUUGUGUGUAGAGGGACUUCAGUUGUGUUGAUAUGCCCAUCAGACGGUAUGGAGGCAAUCGCAAAUCCUUUCAUUCAGCAGGAGGGGUGAACAUUUAGGGCAGAAUAUAUUGUGUGGAUGAGACAUGGCCUGAGUUUAUCUAUUGGACUCAGGAUUAUAGGAAACAUUGUGUUAUAGAAAUUGUGUUAAAAGAAUUGGAAAUUGUGAAACGCUUGAUUCGAAAUGAUACAUGGUAAUUUUGUUAUGGAGGACUUUGAGGCUAUGAAGUGCAUAAUUGUUAAAAUUGUGUUUUUAAAGUGCUUAAUUUGAGUAGAUUCAUGUUAAUUUUGUUUUGAAAUAGUUUGACACUUAAUUUGAGUGGAUCCAACAUGUUAACAUUGUUUUGAAUGACUUAGAAAACUAUGAAGUUCAUAAUUUAAGUGGAUUUUAUGGUUAAAAUUUGUUUGAAUGACUUUGAGAUAAUUAUAUGGUUGUCUGUGAAUUGAAUAUAACAAAACAUUGCUGAAAGCUGGCGUAUUUAACCAACUUUUUACAUUGAAUAUGAACUAUAAGGAUUUAUAUAUCAUGUGCUUCAAUUUAUUCAUUACUGUGUCCAAACUGUAACAAUAAACAUAGUCUAGAUAAGACUAGGUGCUUUCAAUGCAGGUGUGAUACAAAAUGUACUUAAUUCGAGACUUGUUUAGGCCUUGGGCCAUGAUUACGAACAGUCUCAAGUCCAAGUCUAGACUCAGAAAAGCAUUUUUAGUAAGGAGCAAAAAAUCAUAUUUAUUUCAUUUCUGUUACAAAAAUGUAUGUAAAUAAAGGUAAAACAUUCAAAUAUUAGUAUAUUUCAACAAAUUUUACCAUCAAUACUCUGAUAGAAGGAAAGUUACAAUGAAAUGAAGUUUUGCCAUAAUGAAUCUUGAGUCUGAACUCAGAUUUGAGACUGUUCGUAAUCAUUGCCCCUGGGCUGGUAUUCACGAACGUUCUGAGUCUGAAUUUGUGACUCUGACUCAGAAAAGCUAAAUUUUGUUGUAAAAAUACUAUUAUAGGACCAAAGACAGAAAAAAAGAUGCAUGUGUUACAAAUAGUCGGUUCUACAAUCAGACACACAUCUGUUGUCAACAGUAGUUCCUGUGUCAAUAUUUUGAAUCAUUUAAGAAUUCAGUUUCCGGAGCCUGAGUCUGAAACUCAGACUCAAAACCCUAGUGAAUCAGACCCACAACUCCUAGAUGUUUUAGGUUGACAGUCUGUCAGACUCUUUCCAGGCCAAGGAAGACAGUAUUGAUAAACAACAAACACUAGUAGGAAUCUUUUGGUUCUUGUAUGUGUUCAUAUUUAAUCUUCAAACUUAAUUUCAAAAUGGUGAAAAGAAGUGUUAUGUGUAUAAAAAGUAUAUGACAAAUUAUAAUGAAGCAAUGUUUAUAUUUAUGCCAUAUGAAUGAAUCAUACCUAUUGAAAGUACUUAGGACAAAUAUUUUAAUAAAUUAAUGCAAAUCAUCUUCAUUUUGGAAGGAAACUUUCCAUGUUCUUCUUUGAGUGUUGCCAAUUUUAACUUUGCAUAUUAUAAUGAUUAAAUUAACUGAAAAAACUAUA